CCCAGUCUUCCCCCCCCAGAGCAUCGCCCGGACGUGGCCGAGGGUGGAGAGAGCGCUGUGGGCGCCGUGGGGGCCAUGCGAGUCCUGGCCCCGACGGCGCCCAGAAGACCAACGAGAGCUGUCCCGGACUGAUGUCCCAGGUGAGCGGUCAGUGCCCUUCUCGCUGCGACGCGCCCCAUGGAGUCCCCAGCGUUGCCCAGGACCCAGCCCAGACCAUGUCCCUCCUCCCUGGGCUGGAGGCAGCAGCAGGAGCCACUCAUCCUGCAGAGGCUUCGCCAGAAGAGGGCUCGCUGGAGGAGGUGGCACCCUCCAUGCCUCAAGACAGCUGUCUUGGGGCUCCCCAGGCUCUGAACAGCACUGACCUCAAUGUCCCCACGGAAGCUGUGACAUGCCAGCCUCAGGGGAACCCCUUAGGCUGUACCCCAUUACUGCCAAAUGGCUCCGGCCCCGGCUACCCCUCAGAACUGGGCAGUGCUGGGCACGCGGGGAACGGUGCUCUGGGAGGCCCCAAGGUCCACCGGAAGUUGCAGACGCAUCCAUCUCUGGGAAGCCAGGCUGGGAGGAAGAGUAAAAGCAGCAGCAGGGGGUCCUCACAGGUUCCCCUCCAGGCACAGGAAGAUUGCUGUGUCCACUGCAUAUUGUCCUGUCUGUUCUGCGAGUUCCUGACUCUCUGCAACAUCGUCCUGGACUGCGCCACCUGCGGCUCCUGCAGCUCUGAGGACUCCUGCCUCUGCUGCUGCUGCUGUGGCUCUGGCGAGUGUGCCGACUGUGACCUGCCGUGCGACCUGGACUGCGGCAUCGUGGACGCCUGCUGCGAGUCGGCGGACUGCCUGGAGAUCUGCAUGGAGUGCUGCGGACUCUGCUUCUCCUCCUGAGGCCGCAGGCUGGCCCCAGGCUGUCACCCAAGGCCCGACGCCUCCCCUGGCCCCGGGGGCCCCCUCAGAAUCCCAGCCCAGAUGUGACAAGGUGGUGUGCUCUGAGGGACCACCUCAGCCACGGAACAGGUCCGCUUUGGACAAGCCCGUUCCCCUUGAUGGGAGGGGUGGACCAGGAAACACCACAUCCGGAACCUGGUAGGACAGAACCAGUUAGCUGCCAACACUCAGAACACUGUGAAAGGUGGGGGUGGGGGGCAGGGAUGGGAGGCCCAGGCCCUCUCUACCUCUCCGCUCCAGGUGCCCGCCUCCCUCUGCUACCCCAGCUUUGAGGACUGAAAAUGUGAAAAGACACCCGCCCGGCCCAUUGUCAGGCCGCUGCUCUCCUCCCCUGCUCAUUUACCGGGCUCCUGUGAGGGCCUAACCUGCACAGUGAACCAAAAGGACAGGGCUUGGGGUGGUAGGUGGGUGGGUGGGAAGGGGAACCGUGUG